UGAAAUGGUCCCUUUAAAGUUCAAGGUUGCGUGGAACGUAUAAAUACGAUCGCGUAUUCAGGUCACAUCAGUCCUUUACAGAUCGACUAAGUGACCAAGAUGAACAAGUUGAUACUUUCACUCUUUGUCGUUGUGUGCGUGGCAGCCGUCAAUGCCAAAGUUCUGAAAUCGAACGAGGCUCUCUACGCCAUUGAAGAUGACCAGGUGGGUCUCGAAUACCCCGGCGCCUGUCAGAGACGAACCCUUGUUAGAUACGCUAGGGACUGCAAACUGAUGAUCGCAAGGAGAUGGAACGGCUACUGCGUCAGGGACUCCAAUACUAAUGUGCAAAUCACCGUCAUCCCGUGGAUAGUCAGGCCGAAUGAACGGUGCCGUAAAGUCAUCAACGCUCUGACAGCCCGCUGUGAAGGUUCAACAACCACCACUACACCGGUCACUACCACGGAAACAUAUCGCGGCGAGAAGGGGCCUGAAUAUUACGGCGAGAUGGAGUCUGAAUACUACGGCGAGGAGGAAUACUACCAAUAGAACGAAACACAUAGAACAGAUACGCAGAACACAUUUAGUUUCCACGUCAAAUGCAAUGAAUCCUAAUGCAAUCAAGAUUUAACCCAUUUAUGCCUGGUGGACUCUCCAAUCCUUCUAAAUUGGAUCAAUUUAUUUCCAAAAUAAGGGAUGUCUUGUAUACUUAUAUCUAUAUUUAUAAUAUUUUUUUCAGAAAUUCAUUUAAGCAAACAGCGAAGACCCGGAUGAGACGCCGCAACAUGCGGCGUCUCAUCUGGGUCUACGCUGGUUUUAAGGCCUUUUUUGUAGACGCUAGGCAUAAAUGGGUUAAAAGAAAUCAAACUGACGGUUUAUUGUAAAAUAUUUGACAUGAUGUAGUGUAAUAUCCUGAAAUAAUAUUUUCGUAGCUUGUUGGUGUUAUAUUUUUGAAACAACUAUACUUUGGUUAAAUAUGUUGGUAAUAUGUCUAUGCCAGUUGAACAAUUUCAUAUUUAUAAUGCAGCAAUUUCUCAAUAUUUUUGCAAAGGAAAACCAAGCGAUGCCAUUUAACCACUUAAAUUAAGUAGGCAAAUAUAUUUUUGAAAUUACCAAUAGUAAAUCAAAACUUUUA